UCCGUCACGCAUCGUGAGCUCUCGGAAAUUCGUUUAGUUUGUCCUCUGAGUUGGUGCCACAUGUACGCCGAGGCACGACGCGCAGUGACUAUGAAAACAUGAAAAAUUCGUGAUGCAUUGUACGCGCAUAUAAAGUGUGUUAUCGAACGAGUUUCCAUCCCAAUAAAUAUUCUAGAUACAGCGGGGAGCGCGAAUGUGUCUGCGUCGAAGACCCGGCAGCUGAGGGCCGCGGCCGGUCCGGCCUGAUGGCGGCCGUGGCGGUGCGUACCCUGCUGGUGACAGCCGCGCUGGCCGCCCUCGGGGACGCUGGCGCGGCUCGCUUCGGCGACCGCCUCGCGCCGCGGGUGCCCGCCCCCUACUCGCCGCGCAACGCGCCUUCGUCAAGGCAUUUCAUAGAAAACGAAGAUGAGGACCCGUUCGAACAAGAUUAUGAAGAUCAUCAACCCAUCCACCAAAAUGAAGAACAGAAAGAGAUUUUACCACAGCCCCGGCGACCUACGCGAACUGAAGCACAUCGUCUUGAAAUGAGCACAGAAUAUUUUGUGAUACCAGAACGCCCGUCGUCUGCUCCGACGCCUUCGUCGACUUCCCGCGUAGUAGUCGCUUCGACGUCACGACCAACAAACAUGACGCGCCCUCAAAUAGCUACGCCAAUUUUAAGGAUACUAAGGACAGAAUCUUGGGCCGUGCCCAUAUUAGCGUUAGCUUGCGUAAGCAUGGUAGUAAUAGGAGGUUUCGAAGGCUUUAUUGUGUGGGGAGCGAGUCGAAAGGCGCCGAGUCAACGACAUCUUCUUCUGGGACAGUGUUUACUAUUCGGACUGUUCACGUGCGCGGCUACCGCGGCGUUAUUUACGGCUGCGCCUACUUCAUUUACAUGUGGUGCUGUGCGUUUCGGUACUGGGGUUGCUUAUGUGAUUGUAUUCGCAUCACUACUUGUGAAAUGUGUUUUUCUAUUAAGUUUGAACGGUGGUGUGUACUUACCGGCAGCGUAUCAAGGACUGUUGUUGUUUUUCGCAGUGAUGAUACAAGUGGCGAUAGGUGCGCAAUGGUUAGGUGGUUCGCCGCCCAGAGUCGCGAUCGGUGCCGCGCGAUGCGACUCACCUCUUUCAGACUUGCUUCUGUCAUUGUGCUACGCCGCGUUUUUAAUCGCAGUAGUCUGUGGCGUAGCUUUGAGGUCACGUGGUAUACGUGACAAUUACAGAGAGGCGACGCACAUAGCCGGGGCUGGCGGUGCCACUGCCGCAGUGUGGAUCUGUUGGGUGUCGGCAGCCCUCGGUGCUCCUGAGCAACAUCGAGAAGCAUGCGUGGCCGCUGGAUUAUUAGGCACGUGCGCUGUAGUUUUUGCAUUAAUGUUUGCACCGAAAGGCAGACGCCUGGCAGCGUUAGGUCGCGAGGGUCGCUGGGAUGCGGAUCGAGAGGAAGGACUCAGCUCGAUAGGCGUGGGAGGUUCCGGCUACUCGCCCUCUUUCUUCCACUUCAAACCAGUCAAGUACGGGAUGGUGACAGCUGCAGCCCCCGCGCCUGCGCCGCCCACCGUGCUCGACCGCAAGGAGCCGUCCGCUCAGCCAGCCGAUCCGUAUGGAGGCAUGUUCGCCGGCUCCCACCUGCACUCACGCUCUCUGUGUCCGCCGCACUACCCCAUACACCCUUUAACGCAUUACCACUACAACUAUCCGCCCUAUCACUAUCUUCUACCGCCAGGCGUGAUGAUGCGUCCAGAAGAGGGCAACGUGUACACGAGCGUGGAGCCCACCUUCAGCAGCAACCCAAACGUCUAUUUCCAACGUACGGAGCCGUUGCACGUCGGCAUGAUGUACUGAGCCCCUGGCAAUCCAACGUUCAAACGCGAACAGUGAGAUUUGACAGUGCAACCGCUAGUCACCACGGACACUAAUCUUAAACCUAGAAUAAUCGACCAACUAGCAGGAGUUAAAAAUUAAAGUUAAAUAGUAGAUUGUCAAAUGAGACGGAAAACACCCCAUUCUCAUCCGAAAAGUUUAGCUCGUGCCUACAUAGUUUGAGGUUACAGCGAUAUGAAAACUAUAUUAAAGCUUUUGAUAGCAGCGGACAGGUUACUUUGAGAAACUCCAUCAACAGACCAACACCGACAACCAACACAAUGAAAAUAUUAAACUUAAUUUGCUAUAAUCUUGCUAAUAAGAAAAUUAAACGUGUGUUGUAUAGUCAAUAUUUUCCGAGAAAGCUCCGGAGCGAAACAUGCGAUAAAUAAUGCUUAUUGGACUAAGAGGAUCGAGUUCCCAACAUGUAGGGCCUGCAACGAGGACGUCGAGUCCAUGGAGCAUUUGCUUUGUGAAUGCGACGGAUUGGCUAGAAAGCGGUUGGACCUCUUGGGAGUGGCGUAUCCACAACCAGAGAAUUACUGUGCCUCCAACCUAAAAGCUUCAAUCAAACUCUUAGAGUGGAUAUUUGAAGCUAUUUAGGGUGAGGGGGAAUCAAGGAC